CAGUUUCUGCGCAGAGGACAGCCUGGCCCCUUUUAUUUACCAGGGCCCAAACAGACAAGACAGCCCUUUGAGAAUCUGUCUUGUCAUCCCUGCUCCCAGUCAAAGGAUCUGAAGGCUGCCACCUCUCCACUCCUCCAGCAGGAUCAGAAAGAGUGUGACCUGACCUCCCUAUCACCAACAACAGCAAUUUAAAAACAAACAAACAAACAAAAAACAACUACCAAACCGAAAAAUAGGGGUAAAGAAGUCCAACAAAGUUCUGAUCCUCCCCACCGUGACCACCUUGAUGCCGCCUUCAAAAUACUCUUUUCCCCCUCAUUUAGCUUUCGCUGGCCCUGAAUUGCUAAGCGCAUGUGGAGACCUCAUCCUGCUAAACCACUCACAUGUUCACCUCUCCUGGAAUGCUCUGGUCUGUCUGCAUCUAUUUUCCCCGGAGAACUCAUUCAUUCUUCAGCACUCGGCUGAAGUCACCUCCUCCAGGAAGCCUUCCCUGAAGAGCCCCUCCCACUCGGGUGUGGGAGCACCUCCAGCCGGCUUCUCCAGGCGCAGCACUCACCACGAUGUUCUGCUGUUAUUUAAAAGCCACUGGCAGAAGAUCCGCACCAUGGUGAAUCUCCCGGUGAUGAGCCCCUUCAAGAAGCGAUACUCCUGGGUGCAGCUGGCGGGGCACACGGGGAGUUUCAAGGCGGCGGGCACCAGCGGGCUGAUCCUGAAACGAAGCUCCGAGCCGGAGCGCUACUGCCUGGCGCGGCUCAUGGCGGACGCCCUGCGCGGCUGCGUGCCGGCCUUCCACGGCGUGGUGGAGCGCGACGGCGAGAGCUACCUGCAGCUGCAGGACCUGCUGCACGGCUUUGACGGGCCCUGCGUCCUGGACUGCAAGAUGGGCGUCAGGACUUACCUGGAAGAGGAGCUGACGAAAGCCCGGGAGCGACCCAAGCUGCGGAAGGACAUGUACAAGAAGAUGCUGGCGGUGGACCCCGAGGCGCCCACCGAGGAGGAGCACGCGCAGCGCGCCGUCACCAAGCCCCGCUACAUGCAGUGGCGGGAGGGCAUCAGCUCCAGCACCACCCUUGGUUUCCGCAUCGAGGGCAUCAAGAAAGCCGACGGCUCCUGCAGCACCGACUUCAAGACCACGCGCAGCCGGGAGCAGGUGAUUCACGUCUUCCAGGAGUUUGUGGAAGGGGAUGCCGAAGUGUUGAGGAGAUACCUGAACCGCCUGCAGCAGAUCCGAGACACCCUGGAGGUCUCUGAGUUCUUCAGGAGGCACGAGGUGAUCGGCAGCUCCCUCCUCUUCGUGCACGACCACAGUCAUCGCGCUGGAGUGUGGCUCAUCGACUUCGGCAAGACUACGCCCCUCCCCGACGGCCAGACCCUGGACCACCGGCGGCCUUGGGAGGAGGGCAACCGCGAGGACGGCUAUUUGCUGGGGCUGGACAAUCUCAUUGGCAUCCUGGCCAGUCUGGCCCAGAGAUGAGGCUGGGCCCCUGUCCCCGCAGACGGGAGGGUCUGACAGAUGGACGGCGACUGCGUCCCGUCCCUGUCGUGCAUGUGGGCUAAGAACUGAAACCCCGCGGUGCGGGGCGGCUCACAUGGUCCAGCAGGACCAGGUGCCAACCUCUUGGGGCGCACUGCUGCAUGUGCAGCGGGAGCGGUGCCCACGCUAGCCCCAGCAUUUCCAGAGCCUAUGACACUAAUAUACAGGGGCAGGGUGGGACAAUAGGCUUCGUCCUCAGCUCAGCUCUUCUGAGGGGGCUGCUUACCUUUCCAGAGAGGAUGGAAAAUGAAUUUUAUUUCGCAAGCACUAGAGCUAUUGGUCUAAACUCACACUACGAUGGACUCCCCUUCCCAAUAAAAGGAAAAGACACCAGCUUCGGCGACUCCAGCCUCAUCCCCUCCCUCCGCUGAUGCUCCUUCUCAGUUCUCUGGCAUCCCUCGCAUCCACUUAGGUUACUGGAGGGUAGAAGA